AAAAACAAAAAAAUAUAUUCAAUCUGGAAUACUGUACAUACCGUACAAUUGGCGCACGGUAACGCGUUCGGGACCUACACUGCCCAAAUUACCGAACGAAUGGCCACCCUGCCAACAGUUGUCAUAAAUACAAGACAAGUUUGGGACAAUCGUGAAAACAGCAAAUUGUCAGAAGUUGUUUACAAACAAAGGAAAAUGAGCGCUUUUUCCGAUUGUUAUUUGGAAUUAUCGGACGAUCCAGUUCGAUUUGAGCCAAUCAAUCAACUGACGAAUGUGUUCUUUGAUGAUUCGAACAAGGAUGUUUUUACUGUCCGCUCAGGGGGCGUGAUGGGGGUUGUGGUUAAGGGCCCCAAAGAGAAUGGCAAAGUGUUGAACUUUCGCAUGGAGGACCAGGGCACCGUUUUGUCAAUCAAACUGUCCCUGGACCACAAAGUGCUGGCUGUGCAAAGGAACAACACUUCCAUCGAGUUUAUGAAUGUUAACAAAGAACACUUGGUGGUCGAGUACUCGAUAAGCUGCAAAAGGAAUGCCAGCAUUUUGGGAUUCGUGUGGUCGGACAUUAACGAGUUUGCUGUGAUAACCGACCAUGGAGUGGAGCUCUACACAGUUAUACCCGACAAAAAGGCGCUCAAGCAGUUAAAAUCCACCUCAAUAACUGUGCAGUGGUUUGUGUGGUGUCCUCGCAACAAUAUCGCGAUUCUAGCGUCGUCGCAUGGUUCCCAGCUACAGCCAGUUGCUAUUAAGCAGGGCUCGAUCAGCAAGUUGCCCAAAGUUGAAACUGAGCCGCGUAGAAUGGCACUGAAAGGGGAUGUGACUCUGUCCACCCUGUACGGAACGGCAGCGGUCUUAAUAUUGAGGCACCAAAGUGGACCGCAUACUGCUGAAGUGCAUGUGCAUUUGCUGAAUGUUCCCGGCCAGAGUCCCGUGAAGGCUCACGUGCUGAAGUUGGGUCUUUCUGGACGCUUUGCUAUUAAUGUAGUGGACGAUUUGAUCUUGGUUCAUCAUCAGGCCUCAAGCAGCUCUCAAAUAUUCGACAUUGCACUAGCUGAGGAAAGUGAUGGAAGCGUCAGGUACCAUACAACAGUCGCCCCUAUGAAGUCGCUCAAACCCACCAGCAUCACAUUGCCCGGCUUGGUCGAGCCUCAAUCGCACGCCUGCGAGCUCUAUUCGCCCAAUUGGGUGGUGUUUCAACCCAACAUAGUGAUCGACGCAAAACUGGGCUGCCUCUGGCAUAUUAAGCUGCGCUUAUCGGAACUAUGCCAGCAAAUCAAGGAUAUGAGCGUUUGCACACAGCUGGCCCUAAACAGAACCGAUGGCAAACCAGUGCUUUUGACGUUGCUGUCUGAUGCCAUUAAAGCGGACAAACCCGACAUGAACAAGCUGCAAGAGUCGUUCAAUCACAUCAACUUGGUCUAUCGCGAUUGGGUUGAUAGGGAGGUGCAAAAUCAAAGCGUUUGUCCUGCCAGUGCCUCAAAGAACCAGUCCAGUCCUCGAGUUUUGAUCGAUCAAAACGCCAUGUUUGAGGAGAUUUUCCAGACAAUGAGCGCCGAUGCGGAUUUGCUGAAAAUCGAACGGGUUUUGGUCUGUUAUCUCACGUCGUUGGCUGAAUAUGGAAUUCCGGUGCAGUUCAACUUGAAUAAGCUUCUAGUAAGCACACUGGCUAGACAGAACAAGUUCAACGCUCUUCAGCAAUUGCUACAGUAUGGCGUAAUCACCGACUCCAAGCCGCUGGCGGUGCUUCUGCUAUCUCUUGGCAACAUGCACAGUUCCUCGACGCAGAUGGCUUUAGAUAUGCUGGCACGACUAAAGGCAAAUGAUGAAAUUCAAGAGGUGCUUCUGAGCGAACACCAGAUCUUAUCGGCGUUGAAACUGGCCAAAGACGAGGCGAACCCAAGAAAGUUCCUGACUGCAGCCAAAAGCUCCGGAGAUCCGACACUGUUCCAUAGUGUUUUGUAUUAUUUUCGCAACCAUCCAAAGUUCGCCUCGGUUCUUCAAAGCGAUGAGCGCUUGCACACGUUUAUCAACGACUAUAACGAGAUGUUUAGUGGUAGUUGCGCAUAAUUUGUUGGAAAUUAUCGGGACGAUUUUUUUUUUAUAAAGAUACAUUUAUUAUUUGCAAUGGGUUCACAAAGGUAAUUUACUCGGUCGUUUUUAACAGAACAUAAUCAAAUACAUCUUUCUGGAACUCUCUAAAUGGCUACAUUGAUUUAACUAAUAUAUACAAAAUUAAACGUAAACUAUUGUCGUACUCGAAGGGAGUUGUGUGCAAAACUGAAGCGAACAUAAAUAUGUGAGUAGUUGCAGAAAACGCAGAAGACUACGAUACUAACGAAGCUAAUUGAGCAUUGAAAUAAUCGAGUUGCUCGUUAACGAAUGUGCGAUGGGGAAGAUUAUGCUUUCCCACCUAAUCAUAGCAGCCAAUGAACGGAAAUUAUACGACUAGUAUAUUAGUCAAAUGUUGGCAAA